UCGACUUGAUUCAGUCGCGGUCGAACCGCCACACAGCGAGCUUUCGUUGAUUUAUACACCUUUGAUGCAAAGCUUUCGCGGGGCUGCAAAAGCUUUCGGUUUUCACAUACACACACACAAAUAAAAAAAAAGUUACAGUGAAUCGACAAUCAAUUCCCUGCCUCGUUUCUAUAUUUGAUGUUUUCAGAUUUAAAAAUGGAUUUAAAAAUAUUUCAAUUUUGAGCAUCUUUCAAAAAAAAAAAAAUAUUAAAGAUUCAAAUAUAUAUAUAUAUAUUUCUCCAAAUAAACAAAAAUCAAAAAUUAAUUUCUACAUCAAUGUAACAUCAAAAAAAAAGGAAGUAAUUACAAUUUUUGCCCAGUGAUAGUGUCAGUGAUUUAAAUUAAAAAAUUACCAAAAAAAAAUUUUUUUCUUUUCUUUUUAAAAAAAGUGGGGAAAAAAAAUUUCAUUUGAAGUAGGAAGUACACUGUACAGUGAAAAAAAAUUUCUUUGAGAGAAAUUCUAGUGCAAAAAAAAAAGAAAGGAAAUUUUUUUUUUAUUUUUUUUUUUUUUGUGGAUAGGGAAACUCAAUUGAACAAAAAAAAAAAGGAAUUCUUUCUAUAGGGAGAAUUUGAUUAAGAAGCAAAAAAAUUUCAUUGCGCAAAGGGAAAUUCAAUCGGAGAAAAAAGGAGAAAAUUUUUUUCGAAACAAAAAAACCCUAAAAGAGUUUAUUACAAAUAGAAAAAUUGGAGAUGUUUAAUUAAAAAAAAAAAAAAAAAAAACUUGAAUAAAAAUGCCCUAAAAGAAAAUUUUCUUGUGAAUAUAGUGUUUUUGUGAAGAAAAAAAAGUGAUUUGCAAAAAAAAAAAAUUGAAAAAAAAAUAACGUGAUUUUUCCAGUAUUGUAUACUGGAGUUCAAUGAGGCAUUCUCGUGUGGUUUGGUUAUCCAAAUGGGAUAGAUUUUUUCCUUGUACACGACGCAAGAGAAGGCAUGAUUGUUCCGUGCAAGUGUUCAACUAAGAUAUCGUGUGAUAAUGCGAUAUCAAAAAUUCAAUUAUUAUUAUUUAAUAAAAAAAAUUUAAAUUUCAAAAAUUGUGAGCGUUCAAUAAUAAUAAUAAUAAUAACAAGUGUAUGGUGUGAACACUGCAUUUAUAUUGUGAGGAAAAUCUCGCGAAAGAGAUUGACUUUUUGCAAUAUCGACAGUCAUAAGAAAAAAUCAAGUAAAAGAAAGAAAGAAAGAAGAAUUGCAGUGAAAGAUAAUUUCUUUUUCAGAUAAAAAUUUGAACUGAACACCGACUGUCAAUAUAGUAAGUGUCCAAAAUAUAUGAAGUUUCCACUGUAUCAAUAAUUGAAGUUUAAAUAUUCACGGCAUUAUCCGUCCUCAUGGAUUCACGAAAUUUGGAACCUGCAUUUUCGUGUUCAGUUCGAAGCAAAAUUACGAUUAGAUGAACAACUCCGUGGGGAGUAAAAAAAACACACACACCUCGUCAGUAUUCAUCAAUUUCGCGAAUCAUGAAAUCGUUAAUCGACAGCCAAAUGAUUAUCAAUUCAUCAGUGACUUAAAUUUUGGAUUUCAAAUUGAGAUUUAAAAAAAAAAAAAAAAAAAAAACAUUGAAAUCGAAAGAGAGAAUGUCAAGUAGUUCAGAGUCGUCCGAUGUCUCUGCAACGAGCAUGACAUUAUCAGAAAUGUUGACAGAUAAUCCACGUGAUAAUAGCACAAAUGACACACUAUCAUCGCUUGAUGAACCAGAUUUGCCAAUAGCAAUUUUAAAAGGAUGCAUUCUUGGUUCAAUAAUUCUCUCGGCUGUUUUUGGCAAUCUUCUCGUAAUGGUGUCCGUAAUGAGACAUCGAAAAUUACGUAUUAUAACAAAUUAUUUUGUUGUUUCAUUGGCUGCAGCCGAUAUGCUCGUUGCAAUGUUUGCAAUGACAUUUAAUGCCAGUGUACAAGUGACUGGUCACUGGUUAUUUGGCUAUUUUAUGUGUGACGUUUGGAAUUCAUUGGACGUUUAUUUUAGUACAAGUUCAAUUCUUCAUUUAAUGUGCAUCUCAGUCGAUCGUUAUUAUGCUAUUGUAAAACCUCUUAAAUAUCCAAUAAAUAUGACAAAAAAAGUUGUAUGGUAUAUGCUAUUUGCAUGUUGGCUAUCACCAGCUGUUAUAUCAUUUGUGCCAAUUUUCAACGAAUGGUAUACAACAUCAAAAAAUAGCGCCUAUCGUCAUGAACAUCCUGAUGUUUGUGAAUUUAUUGUCAAUAAAGGCUAUGCAAUACUUUCAUCGAGCAUAUCAUUUUGGAUACCAUGUACAAUAAUGACAUUGACAUAUUUUGCAAUAUUUAAAGAGGCAAAUAAACAAGAAAAACAAAUGCACAGUCGUUUAGGUACGGCAAUGUUGCUAAGUCAUCGGCCAAGUAAAGAUAUGAAUAAUAUUAAUGGUGAAUUAAAUAGUGGUGGUUCGUCAAAAACAUUAACGCUCAACGAAAUUAGCACAGAUCAUCUUCAUACACCUACUAAGGAUAAAAAUAUUAUGAAAAUGAAAAGGGAGCACAAAGCUGCAAGAACAUUGGGUAUUAUUAUGGGAACAUUUAUAUUAUGUUGGCUACCAUUUUUCUUAUGGUAUUUAAGUACAAGUUUGUGUGGUGAAGAUUGUGAAACGCCUGAUGUUGUUAUUGCAUUAUUAUUUUGGAUUGGUUACACGAACUCUGCCCUAAAUCCAUUGAUUUAUGCAUAUUUCAAUCGUGAUUUUCGGGAGGCCUUUCGAAAUACAUUGCAAUGCGCUUUUUGUUCAUUAUGCCGUAAUGAACCUUCCGAUUUGGAUGCUCUUGAUUUUCGACGUCCCUCGCUAAGGUACGACGAUCGAACCAAGAGCAUAUACUCUGAGACCUACAUUAAACACAUCGACCGUCGAAGAUCUAGUGAAUUCGGUAGCAGUCUCUGAGACGAAACCAAAUUUAGAUUUUAAGUAUAAUCUCAAAAUGAAAAGAAAAAAAAUCCCCUCUCCACCCCCCCCCCCCCACCCCUAAUCCACUUCCUUCAAUCCCUCGUUUACUAUCUUUUUCUGAUCACAUCGAGAAGCGAAAAAUCUCUCCCGAUAAACUCGUAUAAUUGCCAAAAUAAAUAAUCGCGAUGUUUGCGCAUUAGUUUAUAAUCGUAUAUUGCCAAAGUUAGCUUUAUAAGUGAGCUUUAAUAGCCAAUGACGCGUUUCACGAAAAAAAAAAUUAAAAAAAAAAAAAAAAAAAUGAUCGAAACAGGGUUGAAGGAGAUUUAAUGAUAAUAAUAAUAUUUCAAAUAUAAAUUUGCUAAAUCUCCUUCAAUAUUCCAAAAGCCCUUUACGAAUGAAAUCUUGCAAACGGCACAUAAUUACGCGUAAUGCUCAAGAUUUUUAUUUUCUCCGUUUUCAAUUAUUAUUUUUUGAAUUUUUAUUAUUUCUUUCAUUUGAAAAAAAAAAUAUCUUCUUCAUGGGAAAAACAAAUACUUUAAUUUCUACUUCUUACGUUCGAUAGAAAAAUGUAUUUUUUAUUCUUUACAUUAAAUUAACAUUAAAUUAAAUUAUAAAUUAAUGUAAAGAAAUUUAAUGUAAAUUAAAUAUAAAUUAACGGCAAUGUUAAUUAACAUUACAAAAAAUAAAUUAAAAGUUUUUACAACAAAAAAAAUUAUGUAUAAA